GACUCUUUCCCCCGCGCCCAAUUCCUCAUCCAAAUUCAAAUUCUCCACUUCCAUUUCCUCUCUCUUUCUCUCUAUCUCCGAGCUCCAAAUCGACCCGCCUCCGCCAAUGGCAGACUCCGACUCCGCUACCGCCCAAUCUCCAUCUCCGCCGCCCGCUCCUCUCGCUCCGAAGAAGGAGAAUCUUACGCCCGUGAGCUCCAAGAUCGCGGAAUUGAACGA